CCGACAGCGAACCAAUCAGAGCGCGAGGAAAGCGCAAGGGGGGAAAAAGGCCGCCGUUCGAAAAGAAACCAAGAUGGCGAACUCGCUUCAGCAGCGCCGCGAAUUUGCUCUUCGUUUCUGCCGUUUCCUUCAGCGAACAUAUGAUGAAGGAAGGAAGGAUUCCAGCAAAGGGCCCUGUACUUUUGAGGCGGAUGUUCACGGCUAUUUGAAUGAUGAGGGAAGUGCAAAUCCCUUGGAGAACUUCUGGCAAAGAAGCGGGGAAGUGAUUAUUCUAGAGAAAGUGAAGCCAUGUGAAGAAACCAGCCAACUAGAAGAAACCAGCCAACUAGGUGAUGUCUCUGUUUCUGUAGAGAAGUCUUCAGCUCUUCCUUUGCCAGUUUCAAGAGCGAGGCAGCUCAUUUCGUUCUUCACCAUGGCUCAUAACCCACAUAUGAGCCACUUAAAAAUAGACGGGAACCGUGCGGCAUUGCCUCUUCCGUUGUGGGUGCGAUGCGAUCGCUCCGAUCCCAAGCAGACAAUUUGGAUGGGAGCCGAGCCUUUCAGCGCUGGGAAAAACUCCACAGACAUCAUUCUUUACACAAUUACCUGCCAAGGUCCUAUGUCAAAGAGGAAAUGUUCCACAAGCCUGGAAAACCUGAAAGAGAAACAUCAAACAAGACAUCGGUGUUCUGAUCUGACUGCAAAGGGCUUUGCUCGUUACGAGUUCCUUGAAACUGUUUCCUUGGCCUCCCUCUCUUUGGAGGACAGCCUUGCUCCCGUGGAGAGAAAUAUAUAUGCCGAUUUCUCUUGGAACAACGUCACAAAGGUCCUCCAGACGCCUCCUCCCACUUCAGUUGCUCUCCUGAACAUUCAGAUGGCAUCUGGGAGCACUUUGAGUUCUAUCUACGAGCUGUACAGGGAGCUGCAAUUUCUCCUUAAUUUAAGCGAAAGCUUGAAGAGCGGCACAACCGACUGGCCUAAGCCUUUGGGCCAGAAAUCGGCUAUUCAAGUGGUGCGGAAACUUUUGAAAGAUUUAAAGGAUGAAGCAGAUGGGUUAAAGACGCCAAACCAAGAUCCUUCUGAGAGUCCCCGGGACACCAGCAGUGCAGUCUGUGGUUCUAUGCAAAGUCUUUUCAGUCGGAGAGGAGACCUGGAUUUCGUGGAACAGCUGUGGUCUAAAAUAUGGGGAAAUAUCGUUUCCUAUGAGGAACUGGUGGAGUGUUUCACGUUGGUCAUGAAAUCCCUUCAGUGUGGUGAAUUGCAGGCACCGGUCCAUGAAGGAAGCAACAGUUUGCUGAGCAAACUGAUUAAACAAUCCUAUUAUGGAAAAGUUGAAGCGGUUUCUCUUAGCGGUGAUGCUCCUCUGCAGAUGUUUCUCGAAAUUGGUGUGGAUAAAUUGAAGAGGGAUUAUUUCCACUAUUUUGCAGGCAAAGAACUUACAACGCAGGCUCACUUGGACUACUUCAUGUCUGCUUCAGUCGACCUGCAGGAACAGGUCCAUCGAGUGCAGAAGCUCCAUCAUAUGCUGGAGAUCGUGCAGAACUGUGUGGAGCUCCUCAAACUUGAGCAGGAACACCUCAUCUUUUUGACGCAGUCCUGCAUCAACUACUACAAGGAGAACCCCCUGAAUGAGAAACAUGUCUUUCAGCUUCCAGUCAAGACGGCUUUUCUGAAGGCGUUCUACCAAAGUGCUUUCCCCCAAGUUUGGAGAGUGGAAAUCAGCAGCGGGCAAGGGCCGAAGAAACUGAGGACAGUGUGGCAGCUCAGCGCCAGCCUUCCAGAUGAACAAAUGGACGCAAGCCUUGCGGGUCUCCUGGAUGAAACAGAAGCUUGCCUCAGCAAAGAGGAAAUGUGUUUCACGGCUCUGGCUGAAUGCUCUGCAGUGCACUUUGGCUAACAAUAGCGUGUUUAUUUAGAUUUCCUUAAUUGAUGUAAAACUGGUGUAUUGAAAUCCCUUGCCUUAACAUUUCAAGGAGAGUCAAUGGGAAACCCUCCUAUAAUAUAGCUGUUGGGCCUUAAAAUGGCAACCCAUUAUAUAUGUAUAUAGUAUUCAUGUCACAUUGACAAUUUGUUGGGUGGCUGCAUUAAAUGCAGCGAAGGGAAUUCGCAAGGACUGAAAGGGCAAGAUGUCUGUGUCAAAUAAAAAUACAAUCCUGGCAAUUUCUAGGAAAGCUGUGUUAUUACUGGAUUUGUGGAUGUAUAUUUUUUUUUCCAGGCUUUUGUCUUGGCAAAUUUUUUGAUUGGUUUCAGCGCUGGAAAAGCAUUGGUUUUAAGGACUUGGAUGUUCAGGUUGGCCUUUGGUGAGACAGUCACUGGAUGACCAGCCUCAGUCGGUAUUAUAAUUCUAUCCUGAAUUUUAUUAGGUUCCAGAAGCAUUCUCUCCUGACAUUUCACCCACAUCUAUGGCAGGCAUCCUCAAGGGUGUGACGUCAGUUGGAAACGAGACAAGUGAGGCUUAUAUAUCUGUGGAAUAUUGUCCAGUGUGGGAUAAAGAACCCUUGUCUGUUGUAGGCAAUUGUGAAUGUUGCAAUUGAUCACCUUGAUUAGCAUUGAUCACCUUGAUUAGCAUUAGCAUCUCUUAUCUGGGUAUUUUAAUCUGAUGAUGCUAUUUUUAUAUUGCUGCUGCAGUUCCCCCAUCUAUGAAGUUGACUGAAUUGUACUUGGUGGUUGACUGAUAUUAUUACUGUUGUAUUAACUCUUGUUUUGUUGCCUUAUUCUGUUUUAUCUCUUGUAUAUUCUGCAAUGUAUUUACGCUGUUGUUUUUGUAAAUUAUACUGAUCGGGUUUUACCCCAUGUGAGCCGCCUCGAGUCCCCGCGGGGAGAUGGUGGCGGGGUAUAAAUAAAGGUUAUUAUUAUUAUUA